UCUGAUAUUCCCUAAGUGACGUCACAACCCCUCUUACACCCCUCCCUCAAACUAUUUAGUUGUAGCACUGUGAUCAGAAUUCCUCAGUACACAGAGAGCAAUCGGCAGAGAGGACCAUUAACUCAAAGUAACCGGACAAACGAAAGUUCCAUUGCAGGGUGCUGCCAGGUUGGUGAGACAGAGAGGCCCAGCAAACAUCAAACACCCCUCUUGUAAGAUGGAACGUUCAACACGGGAGCUCUUCCUCAACUUUAUCAUUGUCUUGAUAACGGUACUUCUCAUGUGGAUUCUUGUAAAAUCCUAUCAAAGCUAACGGACAGCUCAAUCAUUAUGGACGGAAAAUUUGUGCCACUGAAGAGAAAUGUGAAAACACUUUAGUGUAUCUGGAUGAAAACAGCACACCAAUGUUGUACAACACAAUCGCUUGUCUUCUCCAUGGCAACAUUACAUCAAACUGCAUCGUGCAAGAAUGUGUCUACUAAGUUUUCCAACACCGAUAUGCCCUGAGAAUGUUAGAUGUCUAGGAAGUUGCGACUUGCAGAACCUUUGUGUUUACUAUUCAUGAGUGUGUGAAAUGGAGUCCAAAUGUUGGUGUUUAAUCAGAAAAGAUAUGUUUAGUCUGUUAUGGGAAUUUGAGUAUAAAGGUAACUGCUAUAUCACAGGGACUGUAUAUGUUAUGAUGAAAAGAGGAAUGGAAAAUGUCAUGUCUUUGCCACUAUCCAAAUAAAAACUCCAGCUAAAUAUAAA